AUGAAUUCCAACGGAAAACCCGCCCAAGUAUUCCGAGACGUCGAAGGCUUGUACCUCGGCUUCUCUUUCCGCGACGAACACGUCCGCUCGGCCCUGGCCUACAAGCCCAAGCCCCGAGACGUCUUCGUGGUGAGCUACCCCAAGUGCGGAACCACGUGGACGCAGAACUUGCUUUUCCACAUCUUCAGCGGCGGGAUUUCGCCGAGAGACAAAGACGAGUUCAAUUCGAGGACUCCCUUCUUGGAGUACGCGGGAGUCGAGUGCGUCGCCAACAUGUCAGAACUGGCAGCCAUCAAGACGCAUCUUCCAUUCCACAAGCAGCCUUAUUCGGACCAGGCCAAGUACGUGUACGUCACUCGGAAUCCUUACGACUGCUGUGUGUCCUUCUACUACCACACCAAGGGGUUUCCCGCCUACUUCUUCGAGGACGGUACGUUCGACGAGUUUUUCGACAUGUUCGUAGAAGGGAGAUGCGAGUACGGUGACUAUUUUGACCAUCUUCUCUCCUGGUACGAACAUCGGCACGACCGCAACGUCCUCUUCUUGACGUACGAGGAUCUCAAGAGGGACACCGAAGGCUGGGUUCUGAAGAUGGCUGACUUCCUGGGAGACGAGUACGGCGAAAUGCUGCGAAGCAACCCUUUCUUAGCUAAGUCGAUCGUGGAAGCGUCUGGAGUAGACACUAUGAAGAGGUUGUUCAACGAAGCGUUCAGGUCCAAGAGAGAAAUUUCACCACUUCCCUGUGAAGUCCAGAAACCUGCGGGUGUGAGCAACGGGAUGGUGGAAAACGCCCUCCAGAAGCCCAUGACCGGAGACUUCGUACGCAAGGGCGUCGUCGGAGACUGGAGGAAUCAUUUUUCUCAGAACCAGGUGUACAGGAUGAAGAGGUGGAUUGCGCUCAGGACUGAAGGUAGUGACGUCAUGGAGCUCUGGAGAGACGAGGACUUACCAUAAGGCCUAAGAGUGGCGACCUGACCGCAAGGACU